AGGACUCUGCAAGGCACCAACAUACUUUAGAAAUUAAAGAGAUAUACAGCAACGAAAUUAAAAGGAUCUCUUACACGAUAAGAAUUUACCCAAAACCAUCUAGGAAGAGUGUUCAAUGAUUUAAGAGAAGCCUUGUUAAUUUUAGUAUUUUUUAAGUUUAGAAAUGUCAAAAAUAAACAGAUUCUAAAAGUAACUACAGUAUAACCUCUUUUAAAUUAAUACUCUAUAAAUUAAUAUACACUAAAAGUCUUUAUAAAAUAAUAUAAUUUUAUAGUUCCAAAUUGAGUUUUUUGGUUCAAUUAGUAUAUUGAUAAAUUAAUAUUUUUAUAAAUUAAUAAAAAAAUUAUAGUUUUGGUGUAGUCCCAACAUUAUUAAUUUAUAGAGGUUUCACUUAUAUCUAAUCAUAUUCCCAUUUUUUCACAUAUACUCUAUUUAAUAUUUUCUUAAUUCUUCAUGUAAAGGUAUGUAUAGUAUUUUUCCUUUUCCUUUUCUUUUUCUACAUAUAUAUAAAUUGAUUAUGAUAAUGGACCACUCGGGAAUAAUAAUGAAACUUAACUCUUAGACGUAUAUUUAUUUGUAAAUCAAAACAUAUUAUGGAAAGAGAAAAGGGGAAACAUUUAAGUUUUAAUUAAAAUAAAACUUAAACAUGUAAUAACAGAGAGAAAAAUAAAACGAGAACAAGAAGCUCACAUGAAUAGAACCAGAUUGUUCAAGGGUCCCCACCGCUUAGCCCAUAUCUCUAUCAUUCUUAUAUUACGUGAGCUCUCUCUCUCUCUCUCUCUUCUCUUCUGUUUUAGAGAGAUUGCAUCAAGUAUAAUUUGCCUUUUUGUUUUAUUGGAAAUUUAUGAGCUUCUUGAUCCAUACAAAAUAGAGAGAGAAAGCUUCAGUUUAGAGAGAGAUCAGAGAGAAUCCUCCUAAUCAAUGAAAUUUAGGCAAAAUAAAGUCCACUUUCUACUUUUGUAUAAUUAGGUCAAUCUCAUCCACCACCAUACUCUUCUCUCCCAUUCUCAUCCUUCUUUCAAUUACGGAAUUAGGGUUUCAUUUCUCUAAAUAUUCACCUCUUUCAUUGAAUCUUUAACUUCAAACUCUCAUUUGAAUUCCUCUCAAACUAAAUGGAGAGGAAGUCCAAUGAUCUUGAGAGAUCUGAGAAUAUUGAUUCUCAAAACAAGAAGAUGAAUCUAGAAGAAGAGAGGCCUGUACAAGAAGCUUCUUCGAUGGAGAGAGAGCACAUGUUCGACAAAGUAGUAACACCAAGCGACGUUGGGAAACUAAACCGGCUGGUGAUCCCAAAGCAACACGCAGAGCGAUACUUCCCUUUAGACAAUAAUUCCUCAGACAACAACAAAGGUUUGCUUCUAAACUUCGAAGAUCGAAUAGGAAUCUUAUGGAGUUUCCGUUACUCCUACUGGAACAGUAGCCAAAGUUAUGUAAUGACUAAAGGCUGGAGCCGUUUCGUCAAAGACAAGAAGCUUGAUGCUGGCGACAUAGUUUCUUUUCAUAGAGGUUCUUGUAAUAAAGACAAGCUUUUCAUUGAUUGGAAGAGACGACCAAAGAUUCCUGAUCACCAAGUCGUCGGAGCUAUGUUCCCUAGGUUUUACUCUUACCCUUAUCCUCAGAUACAGGCUAGUUAUGAACGUCACAACCUUUAUCAUCGAUAUCAACGAGAUAUAGGAAUUGGGUAUUAUGUGAGGUCAAUGGAGAGAUAUGAUCCAACGGCUGUAAUUGAAUCUGUGCCGGUGAUAAUGCAAAGGAGAGCACAUGUGGCUACUAUGGCUUCAUCAAGAGGAGAGAAGAGGUUAAGGCUUUUUGGAGUGGAUAUGGAGUGCGUCAGAGGCGGCCGAGGAGGAGGAGGAAGUGUGAAUAGCACGGAGGAAGAGUCUUCGACUUCCGGUGGUAGUAUCUCACGUGGCGGCGUUUCUAUGGCUGGUGUUGGCUCUCCACUCCAGUUGAGGUUAGUGAGCAGUGACGGUGAUGAUCAGUCUCUAGUAGCUAGGGGAGCUGCUAGGGUUGAUGAGGAUCAUCACUUGUUUACAAAGAAAGGAAAGUCUUCUUUGUCUUUCGAUUUGGAUAAAUGAUUGAUUAAUUAUGAGAUUAAUCAAAACCUUAAUACACAUUAUAUAUGAUUAUUAUACAUAUUAUAUAUAUUUAUGUGACACAAGGAUGUCGCGCGUUCAAGAUAAUUAAUGGAUAUCAUGUUCUUUAAAGAUUUGAAUUUGGUUUUAGAUUGUUCUGAUCCAAAUUUGUUCUUCAAAUGAGUUCGAAGUUUUUUUCAA